CCAUUAACACCUUGCAUUUGUUGUUCAAGGAAAGUUCCAAGACGACGAAGAAUACGUUCCGUGGCCCGAUUAUCAACCUGAAAAUGAACUUGCCAGGACGCUUAUAUUAUUCAAAGUGAAUCUUGUUGAAGAGGACGCAAGAAAAUAUAUGGCAAGACACAUGGGAAUGCACCCUGCUCGCAACAAAGAGGGUAACAGGAUUGCAGAAUCUGUUCUCAUUGGGCCGGGCGGGAAAGUAAAGCUCCUUGGUUGGACUUCUGUCACUCGCCCCAGAGUCAAUUUUACUUCUGCUGCUGUCUCUCUCAAACUCAUCGACCAAGAUUUAAACCUGGUUGCCGCAAGGCUCAAGCGGUUGGAAAACCGCCAGCAGGUCUUGAGGGACUUUGUUGCGUCCGGGGCAGCCUUUCUCAAAAUCAAACGGCGUCGGGUCUCUGAAGAUCCUUUGACUGAUUAUCAUUCCCAUCUUGGGUUCCUUUACUGUACUUGCUGCUCUGGGCCUCUGUCUGUACGAGCCAGGUGGACACCGCACAUUCAUUUUACUGUCACUGCAACUUACGAAGACGAAACAUCAACUGCAACGGCCCUUGACAUCACAAUGAAACCGAAAUCGCACCGUUUGCAUUGCGCAAAGGUCUCCAUCAAUCCUGGAAUCACAUUGAUAUCGAGUAUACUCUUUCCACAAAGCUAUGAACCGGUAGAUAUCUCUAUCAUGUAUCAUGCAUCUGCAAAUCCUCAUCACAUCAGUUUUGAGCAUCUUUCCGAAUACAGUAACCGGUACAACAUACAAUAUUACCCAAACUUGAAUAACGAUGAAAACACAGCCCAACUUUAUCUGCUUAUUCAUCCUGGCUUAAAUCAGUAUGGGAAACCAUUCUUUGAAGUACAUUUCCAAUUCGAAGGACAGAAUGGAAUGUCCGUCUCAGAAGCGGAGGCGAAGGGCAUCUUCGUCGAACAGCAGUCAGAACAAUGCCUAUUCCGCGAUUUCUCUGCCGGACAAGAGCAUUUUCCGCUCCUAUGUGAACACAUGGAAUUGGAUCCCUUCAAAGAGUAUUACCCACAGGCCCUCGAGGAGCAGGGAGUUUCAGCAUUUGAUGACCACCAUCCUGACUUGGAAUUACGUAAAGAAGAUCAGGAAUACGGACACCCAUCACAUCCAACAGCUCAAGAUGAAUCUACAGCUUACUAUUUCACCAAAUAAAAAUCUAUUCACAUCUGUUUUGAACUCGGGGGUGGUCAGCCUGCAUUAUGUCGUCUGGAUGCUUAUGUUCCUCGCAGCUUUCUAAUCUCUACAGCAUGUAGUUUGAAGAUGACAGAUGGCCCAUUCGAUUCUUCUAGGAAAUCCCCUGUGACGUCUUUAGGAGUUACUUUGGAUUCGGAGAGAGCUAUCUAUUCUGGCGCUAUUUUGCAAUGAAUCAGAAGGGAAACAGGAGAAGGCUUGAAGACCUCACUAAGGGGGCUGAGCCUCGUGCUUGCCUGGGGUUGAGAUAUACUUAUCAUUGACAUGCCACUGUGGUAGCCAGUGAUUACCUGUU